CUCCAGCAAAGCGUAGGCGGCGCCGUGGCCAGCGACCUGCUGUCUGUGACCGCGCUGGAGGCUCAGGGCCGCCGAGGUCUCCAGGAAUUGGGUGGAGGAUGCCAGAGCCACGCGCGGAGGCCACACGGGACUAGGGUGGUAGCGAGCGUCCUCUGGGAAGUUGUGGCGGAGCUGUAGAUUGCGGAGGUUUGACUGGCCUUGGCGUGUCGUGGGCUCUGGAGGCCGCCGGACCCCGGAGUGCUACACCGGACCGGCCGGCCCCAGGCCGGAGCGGUGGGAAGGCUCUGCCCGGCCUGGCACUCGUGCUUCCCACAGCGAGGGUGCAUCAGCGUUGGAGCCUCCUUCGUUAGUGGUCAGCAGCACUCCAGUCUUUCUCUGAGGGGAUUCGAAACGUGGCGCGAUGAGGAGCCGGAGUAACUCGGGGGUCCAGCUGGACGGCUAUGCUCGACUGGUGCAUCAGACCAUCCUAUGCCAUCAGAAUCCAGUGACUGGCUUGCUUCCAGCCAGCUAUGAUCAGAAAGAUGCUUGGGUCCGAGAUAAUGUAUAUAGCAUCCUGGCUGUGUGGGGUUUGGGCCUGGCCUAUCGGAAGAAUGCAGACCGAGAUGAGGAUAAGGCAAAGGCAUAUGAACUGGAGCAGAGUGUAGUGAAGCUGAUGAGGGGACUGCUGCACUGCAUGAUCAGACAGGUGGAUAAAGUAGAGUCCUUCAAGUAUAGUCAGAGUACUAAGGAUAGCCUUCAUGCCAAGUACAAUACCAAAACCUGUGCUACUGUAGUGGGUGAUGACCAGUGGGGACACCUGCAGUUGGAUGCUACCUCUGUAUACCUGCUCUUCUUAGCACAAAUGACUGCCUCAGGACUUCAUAUCAUCCACAGCCUAGAUGAAGUCAAUUUCAUACAGAACCUUGUGUUUUACAUUGAAGCUGCAUAUAAAACUGCUGACUUCGGGAUAUGGGAACGUGGAGACAAGACCAACCAAGGGAUCUCAGAACUGAAUGCCAGUUCAGUUGGAAUGGCAAAGGCAGCCCUGGAAGCACUAGAUGAACUGGACCUAUUUGGUGGAAAAGGUGGGCCCCAAUCUGUUAUUCAUGUCCUAGCUGAUGAAGUACAACACUGCCAGUCUAUCCUUAAUUCACUACUGCCCCGGGCUUCAACAUCCAAAGAAGUUGAUGCUAGUCUGUUGUCAGUGAUUUCUUUCCCAGCCUUUGCUGUCGAGGACAGCCAGUUGGUGGAGCUCACAAAACAGGAGAUAAUCACCAAGCUUCAGGGUCGUUAUGGUUGCUGUCGUUUCCUACGAGAUGGAUAUAAAACUCCUAAAGAAGAUCCCAAUCGUUUGUACUAUGAACCAGCUGAGCUGAAGUUGUUUGAAAACAUUGAGUGUGAAUGGCCGUUGUUCUGGACAUAUUUUAUCCUUGAUGGGGUCUUCAGUGGAAAUACUGAACAGGUUCAAGAGUAUAGAGAGGCUCUUGAAGCAGUCCUCAUCAAGGGCAAAAAUGGAGUCCCACUUCUGCCAGAGCUGUACAGUGUUCCUCCUGACAGGGUUGAUGAAGAAUAUCAAAAUCCUCACACUGUGGACCGAGUACCCAUGGGGAAGUUGCCUCAUAUGUGGGGUCAGUCUCUAUACAUUUUAGGAAGCUUGAUGGCAGAGGGAUUUUUAGCUCCUGGAGAAAUUGAUCCCCUGAAUCGUAGAUUUUCUACUGUACCAAAGCCAGAUGUUGUGGUUCAAGUCUCCAUUCUUGCUGAAACAGAAGAAAUCAAGGCCAUUUUGAAGGACAAUGGAAUUGAUGUGGAGACCAUUGCUGAGGUGUACCCCAUCAGAGUACAACCAGCUCGUAUUCUCAGCCACAUUUAUUCCAGUCUAGGAUGCAACAGUAGAAUGAAACUCAGCGGACGACCCUAUAGACUCAUGGGAGUACUCGGAACUUCAAAACUCUAUGACAUUCGGAAAACUAUCUUUACUUUCACUCCCCAGUUUAUAGACCAGCAACAGUUCUACCUGGCUCUGGACAACAAGAUGAUAGUGGAAAUGCUCAGGACAGAUCUCUCCUACCUCUGUAGCCGCUGGAGGAUGACAGGCCAGCCCACCAUCACCUUCCCCAUCUCACACACCAUGCUUGAUGAAGAUGGAACGAGCUUGAAUUCAAGUAUCCUGGCAGCACUCCGAAAAAUGCAGGAUGGCUAUUUUGGUGGGGCAAGGAUUCAAACAGGUAAAUUGUCAGAGUUUUUGACGACAUCCUGCUGCUCGCACUUGAGCUUCAUGGAUCCUGGACCUGAGGGUAAGCUGUACAGUGAAGAUUAUGAUGAUGACACCUAUGAUGAGCUUGAAUCUGGCAACUGGAUGGAUGGCUUUGAUUCAAUCAAUAAUGCUCUCUGUGGUGAUGAAGUUGCUCGUUAUUUAGAUCACCUUUUGGUGCACACUGCUCCCCAUCCUAAACUAGCCCCUACCUCACAGAAGGGAGGGCUAGAUCGGUUCCGAGCUGCUGUGCAAACAACCUGCGACUUAAUGUCCUUGGUGACCAAGGCCAAGGAACUCCAUGUACAGAAUGUUCACAUGUAUCUUCCUACAAAGUUAUUUCAGCCUUCUCGGCCUUCAUUCAAAUUACUUGACUCGCCUCAGUCCCCACAAGAUGACCAGGUUCCCUCUGUUCGUGUAGAAAUGCAUCUUCCUAGAGACCAAUCUGGGGAGGUAGACUUUGAAGCACUGGUUUCACAAUUAAAGGAGACCACAAGCUUACAGGAACAAGCUGAUAUUCUCUACAUGUUGUAUACUAUGAAAGGACCUGACUGGGACACUGAAUUAUAUGAAGAAGGGGGUGCUACAGUCAGAGAGCUUCUUACUGAACUAUAUGGCAAAGUUGGAGAAAUUCGUCAUUGGGGCCUGAUUAGAUACAUCUCUGGGAUAUUAAGGAAGAAAGUGGAAGCACUUGAUGAAGCCUGCACAGACCUUCUAUCCCACCAGAAACAUUUGACAGUGGGACUCCCUCCAGAACCUCGAGAAAAGACCAUCUCUGCACCUCUGCCCUAUGAGGCACUUACUCAGCUGAUAGAUGAAGCCAGUGAAGGGGACAUGAGUAUUUCAAUCCUUACACAGGAAAUAAUGGUAUAUCUAGCCAUGUAUAUGCGAACCCAGCCUGGCCUCUUUGCAGAAAUGUUUCGACUUCGAAUUGGUCUGAUCAUACAAGUUAUGGCAACAGAACUGGCCCACUCCCUUCGAUGCUCAGCUGAAGAAGCCACAGAGGGCCUAAUGAAUCUCAGUCCUUCAGCCAUGAAGAACCUCCUACAUCACAUUCUCAGUGGCAAGGAGUUUGGUGUGGAACGAAGUGUUCGUCCCACUGAUUCAAAUGUCAGUCCUGCUAUUUCUAUCCAUGAGAUUGGUGCUGUUGGAGCAACCAAAACAGAACGAACUGGGAUCAUGCAGUUAAAAAGUGAGAUAAAACAGGUGGAAUUUCGUAGACUGUCUAUCUCAACUGAGAGUCAGCCCAAUGGUGGUCAUCUCUCGGGUAUAGAUAUGAUGUCACCGUCUUUUCUGUCCCCUGGGACCUGUAAUACUCCAAAUAGUGGGUCCUUUGCUAGUGCAUUUGGUCAGCAGACAACUAGAGAUAGUCGUCAAGGUCAAUGGCAACGCCGGAGAAGGUUGGAUGGAGCCCUGAAUAGAGUCCCAGUUGGAUUUUAUCAAAAAGUUUGGAAAGUUUUACAGAAG